UAGUUGACUUAAUCUCUCUAUCGUCCAGCAAACCCUAAUUUUUACAUCAUGACUUACCAAGGCGACCUAGAGCCAUACAUACUCGAUGUCUGUUCUUCCGGGGAUAUUUCGACUUUGCAACGACUUUUCACUGAUCACGGCAUUCAACCUGGUAGUAAACCAGUCUAUCCAAAACUUAUUGACCCAGGUAGCCUUCAAGAAGCAUUAACUACAACUAUGGGGCUCCGUAUUCCCCCUACCAGUAAAUUGCUCGAGCAGGCUGUAGCAGCGGAACAAGUCGCUAUCGUCAAGUUUAUUCUUCAGAUGUACCCCUCGUUCUCGCUCAUGCAAGAGCACGGGAUCGUCCGCGCAGUUCUCGAGCACCCCAAUCCAGAAAUAUUGCAAGUUCUCUGCAAUCACGAACGUAACUUUGCUAGCUUCUCUAUCGACUCCGGCAUGCGGAGCUUUCUGACGGAUGCGUGCGCCCGGCCGCCAGAGGAGAUCGGACCGGUGUUGCACGUGUUACUGGACUACGGCGCCGACGUGUAUGAUGGGUGGGGUCCCGGCGGAGGCGCGUUGUAUGCGGCGGUGAUUGGUGGACAGUCGCUUGAGAUUGUGGAGAGGAUAUUAGAGAGGACUAGUGCGGUUAGUAGACGGAAUGUUAGCGAGGCUAUACGGCGGGGUCGGGUGGAUGUCGUUGAGCUGUUUUUAAAUCGUGGACGAUUGGGUCCGGGUGUUAGGCCGGAAGAAAUUGUUGAGGAGGCGGAGAAGUGGGCAGAUAGGGAGAUUAUUGCUGUUGUGCGGUCUUGGACUCGGCGGGCUAAAGGGAAGGAAAGGAAGGGGUUACUUGUGGGAUAUUGGGGAAAGGUUAGAAACAUUGCUAAUAUAAUAUGAUUGGCAUAGUUGUUAUAAAGGCUUGUUUAGUAAAUACUAACUAUGGAAAUAUAUUGUUCUCUUAGUUUGUGCAGCUCGUAGAUUUAUUGACUUUAAUACCUACCUAGGUAAGGUAGGUAGGUAAUCAUG